UGCUUUCACGCACAUUUGAAUUUUGACGAUUUUCCAGAUAAACGUACUCUUACUUUCCCACAGGUACGAUGUAAAAUUAUCUUAGAAAAAAAAGAGACAAGCUCACGACUGUAGAAGCUUCACACUUUAAAAUGAGACCAAGUGGAUUGUCACGCGAUUCUUUUUUCAUUGGUACAGUUAUACUCUUCACUGUGUAUGAUCGACGUUUCAUUAAUCCAAUGGUUUUGAUCUUUGCCAAGAAUAUAAUACGAUGUCUUCCGGAAAAACUUGGGAAAUGAAACUCUGUUAAAAUUUGCGUCAUAAUUAUGAGUUUUGGAUUAUAACUACGUUAAUGAACGAACGAAUAUCGACGUGCACGGUGCAAGUAAUUUCAUUUAAAAAUUUGUAUUAUUAAUUAUCUAUUAACCGGUGUUAAUUACAUUUACAUGUUACACCUGUGUGUUGAUAACUCCAUCGUCAUUCAAUAUUUAACGACGAUAUUCCGUAUAAUCACUGUCAAUUAUUAAUUUAUUUCGAAAUGUCUGGAAAUAACCUUGCAAUAAAAUAUAAAGUUUCAGUAGAUUGAUACGUUCAUACAUCGCGACGCGUGAUGCAAUUAUUGAUAAUUAGAUUCACGAAUAUUAUUUAUAUCGUUAUUUCUUUGUAAAUAAAAAUUACUAAAAAUAAAUUUAUUAUUUAGACGAAUAUAGUUUCUUACCGGGAAACCUUGAUUUUCCAAACUGUCCGUAUCAAAGCUUUGUUAACGAUUAAAAAGAUCGACGAAUGCUUGCGCAAUGCACUGCACACGCUCGACGAACGAAAGUGGCGUGUAAUCGUCGUUCAACGACAAUCGCGUAUCGCACGAAAGUGGGCCAACGUCGUUUCCUUAAAACUCACGUCCGUGUGCCUGUGUCCACGUAUGGCAUCUGGCACCAUAAUUCCACACGCGUGCCCUCCGCUCGCCAAUUACGUCGCGUUACCAGCGCGAUUACGAGGACAACCGGACGAUUGA